AUGGUUUCUCGACGAGAGUAUUUUGUCGACAUGGAUGAAGAAACUGCCACUGGCGGUGCCUCACAGAGACUCUUGAUGGGAGAACAGCAAGAAAGAUUAGCGUUCUCCAGCGACUCUGAAGAGGAUGAUUUGUACAAUUACUCUUCUGAGGAAAAGGAGCUGAUCCAAUCUGAUUACAGCUACCAGAAAAAGGGUCUCAACUGGAUUUGCGUUGGAUUUGUGUCCAUCUUGCUUUUGGCUUGGAUACUAUGGACUGUAUCAAUCGCGCAAUUGUUUACUGGCUUAUCGGCAGGGGAAGAAUCAGAUCACCAAAGCACAGACGCCAACGUGGACCACAAGAAGCAUUUCCAAUUUGAAGACAUUUUCAAUAGAUCAUUCACACCUCAAUAUACAAACCUGGUGUGGGUCGAGAAUGACCCCAGAGACGGUAUCUACACUUACAGAGACCCCGUAUCCAACGAUAUUCUUUUGGAAUCCAUCCAAGAUAGACAGAGCCAAGUGUUUGUCAAGGCAAGAGACUUGACAUUCAACGGCAUGGAACUGAACGUAGAUUCAUUCGAAUUAUCGCACGAUGCGCAAUAUUUGCUGCUCAAGACCAAUGUGUCUAAUGUUUGGAGACAUUCAUCCUUGUACUAUGCAUACAUUUACCAAGUAUCCAGCAAAAAGAUUACCCCACUCACUACAUCCAACAAGAUUUCAUAUGCUGCAUGGAGUCCCACAGGCCAUCAAUUGACCUACGUUAUGGACAACGAUAUCUACAUCACUGAUUUGAUCAAGCAUAAACGAGUGACAUUUGAUGGAUCACAGACUGUCUUUAACGGCAUCCCUGACUGGGUCUACGAAGAAGAAGUCUUGGAAACCAACUUUGCUCUCUGGUGGGCUCCUGAUUCAUCGCAUAUAGCUUUCUUAAAGCUGGACGAGACCAAUGUCCCUGAAUACCAUCUACAAAUGUACACUGGUACCCGCAAUGGCUCAUAUCCCAAGGAGAACAAGAUUCGUUAUCCCAAGGCAGGUGCUCCCAAUCCACUCGUCUCGUUGCAUGUGUACUCUGUCUCUGCUGACCGCGUGAUUACUGCAUCAACCACCUCUGCCCAAAACACAUACGCCAACAUCAUGGGGACAAGCAACAUCAGCGACUUUGCUGAAGACGAUCGACUCAUCAUCGAUGUUGUCUGGGCUACUGAUUCACAUACCCAACUACUGUUCAAGCAGAUGAAUCGUAUUCAGGACCACCAAUAUACCAACCUUGUCGAUAUCAAUAGCUUCCACCUCGAGAACAGCACUGUCAAGUUGGUGCGUGAAUACAAGCCCACGGAUGGUGGUUGGAUUGAUGUAGCUCAAUCCAUGGUCUAUUUACCUCCCAACAACAAUAGCACUCGAACAGAUUUGCGCUAUUUGGACAUUUUGGAUAACAAGGAUGGAUUUGCUCAUCUGGCUAUUGUCACUGUCAAUGAAAAAGGCAGCAGUGUUUCUUGGUUGACCUCUGGUGAAUGGGAAGUCAUUACAGAGACUGUGGAGGUAGAUGCCAAACGUCAACUCAUUCAUUUUGUUUCUACCGAGCGAUCACCCUAUGAGCGUCAUUUGUACAAGAUCUCGCUUGACAAUAAGAAGCCUGCAUCAACCAAAUCAUGCCUGACAUGUCCCUCUGACCCUGAGGAACAUGCCUACUAUUCUGCCUCUUUCUCUCCCAAAUCAGGUUAUUACAUUUUGAACUAUGAAGGUCCUGGCAUCCCCAACACAGUUGUCAAAAAGGUCGAUGAUGCUUCAUUUAGAGCUGUAUUGCAAGACAAUCUUGAUUUGAGAAUGUUGUUGCAGGACUAUGAAUUACCGAAGACACACAUGAAAACCGUAUCCAGCGGUGGCAUUGAAAUGACAGCCAUGGAAGUUGUGCCUGCAGAUUUCGAUGUGCAUAAAAAAUACCCUGUUCUGUUUCAUGUGUAUGGUGGUCCAGGCUCUCAGUUGGUGUCGUACCAAUUUGAUCUGAGCUGGCAAACAUUUGUCGCUAGUCAGUUGGGUUUCAUCGUUGUAACAGUCGAUGGAAGAGGCACUGGUUUCAAGGGAAGAAAAUACCGCGUUGGUGUCAGAGGAAGAUUGGGUGAACUCGAGGUCAUUGAUCAAGUCAAUGCUGGAAGACACUGGGCCAAGCUGGACUAUGUUGAUGAAUACAGAAUGGCUAUCUGGGGAUGGUCUUAUGGCGGUUACAUGACCACCAAAGUGAUUGAAGCCAAUGAUGGCGUCUUUUCUACUGGUAUGGCUGUUGCGCCAGUCACCGACUGGAGAUUCUAUGACUCUGUUUACACUGAACGUUAUAUGAUGACCCCCAAAUUGAAUCCAGUUGGAUAUGAGAACAGUGCUGUCAACAAUAUGACGGGAUUUAGAAAUGCAAAAUACCUUUUGGCCCAUGGUACAGGAGAUGACAAUGUGCAUUUCCAACAUACAGCUGUUCUCGUAGACAAGUUGACAUUAGAGGACAUUCACAACUACCGUGUACAGAUCUAUCCUGAUAGUAACCAUGCUAUCCGACAUCACAACGCCAAUAAGAAUGUAUACUACUUGCUGACUGAAUUCUUGAUUGAAAGCUUUGGUGGACAUGAAUACAAGCACAUUUACAACGAAAUGCAUGGCAAAUUCUCUGGUCCUUUGCCCAAGGAAGAUUAA